GCUCCAACCGAGUGGAUGUGUGGUCCUUGCCGAUCUCCGCGCUGAAACUUUUCCGAAUACGAUUUCGUAAGGAUUUUUUUUGUUUGUGAGUUGCAUUGUUAGUUCUUUGGAGUUUAUGGUGAUGUGAGCGGUUUCGAGGAACAUUGAGCUGAGCCGAGUGGCCGCGGGGAUUAUCAGAUUGCACGUGUCAAUGGGGAAUUAAAGGAAAAUAAAAUUACUUCUUCAAAGAUCCUGAUUAUGUGACUCCAAACUCAAGAGGCGUGCAAAAUAUAGAUUUGCGUCCGGCGUGUGUUACAAAACCAUUGCAUUGGAGAAAACAUGUAAACAUCGCUUCUGACGAGAGUUAUUUCCUUCUGCGAUACAGUUAAUAGUCGACCAUGGAGUUAGAAGACGUGGAGAUGUUAGGUCAUGGGAACCUGACCUACCCGUACUUCAACGGCACCUACAACGGAACCUACGAGAACUGCCCCAACAACAACUUGCCUGUAGUCUACGUCGUCACCCAAGUGCUCUACGCUCUCGUCUGUGUCGUGGGCCUUCUGGGCAACACGCUGGUCAUCUAUGUAGUUCUACGCUAUUCCAAAAUGCAAACAGUCACCAACAUGUACAUUGUCAAUCUAGCCAUCGCUGACGAAUGCUUCCUCAUUGGUAUACCGUUCCUCAUCAUAACGAUGUCACUACGUUCCUGGCCGUUCGGAAGUUUCAUGUGCAAGGCUUAUAUGAUCUCAACCGGAAUCAACCAGUUCACCAGCAGCAUAUUCCUGUGCAUCAUGAGCGCUGACCGGUACAUAGCUGUGUGUCACCCGAUAGCCGCGCCCAGGCUGCGGACGCCGCUCGUGUCGCGCGUCGUCUCGGCCGCCGCCUGGACCGCCUCUGCUCUCGUCAUGACGCCAAUUUUUAUGUACACUACCCUCAUACCAACGGAGAACGGCCUAUCAUGUAACAUUGUAUGGCCCGAACAAGAGUCCAGUAAAGGCCAGACGUCCUUCACGCUAUACUCCUUCGCUUUGGGAUUUGCUGCUCCUCUGACAUUGAUUUUCGUCUUCUACUGCCUCGUUAUUCGUAAACUGAAGACUGUGGGUCCAAAGAAUAAGUCCAAAGAAAAGAAACGAUCUCAUAGAAAAGUAACAAAAUUGGUGCUGACCGUAAUCGCUGUAUACGUGCUUUGCUGGCUACCUUAUUGGGCAUUCCAGGUUGCCUUGAUAUACUCGCCACCCACUGAAUGUGCCAGCCGCAUAACCGUCACGAUUUUCCUAGUCGCCGCAUGUUUCAGCUACAGCAACUCUGCCAUGAAUCCUAUUCUGUACGCAUUCCUAUCGGAUAACUUUAAGAAGAGUUUCUUGAAGGCGUGCACCUGCGCUGCUGGUAAAGAUGUGAAUGCAACUUUGCACGUUGAGAACAGUGUGAUACCUAGGAAGAGAGGAGCGCAGGCGCGUGCGCAGGCUCGGGCAGCGGAGUCUAGAGGCGGUUUGUCGACGGCGUGUGGCAUUGCUGGAGGCUCCAGAUCCGAAGCUUCUACCGCUUUGACGUCGCGGUCAGUGGCCGUAAGUGAAGCCUUACCUCUGGAGGCUCGGCCGGCUACAUUGGCACCUUUGAUAGCGCCAAAUGGGCUGUCGCACUCGCGUCUUUGAGUGCGGGCCUCGCGCACUGGUCGGAAGACUUCCAGUGCCCUGAUAGAAGAGGACACUCUGAUAGUGUCCAUCGAUUAGAAUUGUGAGACUUUGAAGUGAAAUUAUUGUGUCCAAAAAACUUGUACCUUUAGAGAUUACACCUUCACACAUCAUUGCACCUGAUGAAUGUAUAUGAUACAAUGUGAAUCGCUAGUUUUAUGUUGAUUUACGUCCAGCAUUCCUUUAGUGUAAAUUAGCAAACAUCAUCAAGAAAGUUAAGUAAGAUUUCUUUAGAUCUGUAUUUUUGGUUUUCUGUGUAAACUUUGCAAGGUAUGAGGUUUUCAUGCCCGACAGGUCUCGGAGACGCGAGCCCAGUCCCCGCCGGCCUGUCGGAGCUUCAGCCGAAUUAGGUCCUCUGCCGACGACCAAGCCUGCUGUAAUAUAACCUGAGUUCUUCGUGUUUGUACAAAUUGUGAAUGGGGUUAAUUCGGCCUAGGGUUGUAACGAUGAAUUUAUUAAAAUAUAAUUUUUUAUCGCCUAGCGAAUCUAAGAUUUACUGUUUGUAUACCUUAUUAUAAUUAUUCUGUAUAAAUGUACAUAUCGUGUAAAUAUUCAUACAAUUGUCAUAAUG